AUGGCUAAUCGAGAAGAAGAUCAGCUUUUACAGGAUGCAUCAACAUUGUUGAUGUUUGCCAAUGUGGCGGCACAGCAACAGCUGAAUCAGAGCUCACCAACACAAUCUAAUAUAUCACCUCCUACCAGUACUGCUCAAAUUCCACACGUAGCACCAUCAAUGGAAACUCGGUCUCCGCCGAUGCAACAGCAGGAGCAAUCGAAACAGAAACAACAACCUCAAACGCUUCUGCUGAUGCAAGCACAAUCAAACGCUAGACCAAUACCAAUACCAAUGCCAAUGCCCAUGCCAAUCCCACAAACGCAGCAGCCAGUACAGCAAUCACCACCAUCAAUACUGCAGAUGCAACCGCCACUCAACUCAUUACAGUCUCUGCAGUCACUGCAACCGUCGCAGCAUCAUCAUCAUCAUCAUCAGCAGCAGCAGCCUUUGUAUAUGCAACACACUUCUCAGCAACCAUCCACACAGCACUUGGCUGAGCCGUAUUUCAAGCAAAUAACGCAAGUACAACCACCUGUAUCAGAAACUCACAAAAUAGUGUAUAAUCAUGUGCAACACCAACCAAGGUUUCCAGUGCCUGGUAUUUUAAACUCUGCACCCGAAGAGUCAAGCUUUUCCACGUCUGCACCACCAUCAGUUGGACCAACAAUGGCCAAACCCCUUUUAACUCAAUCACAGCUGGUUCUGUUGGAUGAUAUCAAGAAUUCUGUUGUACAAAAAAAGGUACCACGCAAGAGCUCCCUAAGUAUACUCAUGAACACACCGGAACCAGAAACAGGGCUCGAUACUCCAGCUCAAGUACCACCAAUACCAAAGAGGAAAACAGUUUCACCACCUGCAACUUUACCUAAACAAGGCACGUUCAAAGCAACUCACGAGAGAAGCCGAUCGAUUCUGGAUACUCACGCGGCUAGAAUUCAACAUGAAAAAUCAAUAUCACCAGGAGCCAGAGCUAGAUACGAAAGAGGUAUAGAUGUUAGAGGAAAAGAGCGCAACUCAAAUAACGCAAUGAUUGCAGUUGCAGCUUUGACUGCUGCAGCAGAUAUCCCAUUUCCCUUGAAAUCAGCUGAAGUAAUGUCUUUGGAACAACAGCAACAACAACAGCAACAACAACAGCAACAGCAACAGCAACAGCAACAGCAACAGCAACAACAGCAACAAAUAGCCGAUGCCAAUGUUGCAAAUGAAUCCCUGCCACAAGUUUCGACAAGACCAGUAAAAGGUUUGACACAGGCACUGGACAAGAGUCUAUCUACUGCUGAAAGUAGAGAAAAAGAAAAGGUAAAUACAGAUGCGGUUGACAUUGACUUUGACGUUGACGUUGACGUUGACGUUGACGUUGCAGCAGUUGUUGAGGCGGGGGAAGUCAAACAAAAUAAGACAAAGAAAGCUCAGCAGGAGCAGGAAAAGCAACAAGAACGGCAAAAGAAGAAAAAGACAACAGUAUCUUCAGUGCCAGCAGCAGCAACUCAGACUACUGAUUCAUCAUCAGCAACAACAAUAACAACAACAGGCACAUCCACAUCCACUUCCACAUCCACAACUACAACUGUAGGAAAGAAAAGAAAAACCGAAGUACCACCUUUGAAAACUUACCAAGUAGAUCCAGAUUCCGGAUUAAUUGGAUGCAUAUGUGGAAUAGAAGAUGACGAUGGUUUCACCAUUCAGUGUGAUAUAUGUUUUCGAUGGCAGCAUUGUGUUUGUAUGGGCUAUGAAAACGGUGACGAAGUGCCCGAAGAUGAGUAUAAAUGUUACUAUUGCGAUUCUGAGAAAUGGGGAAAAUUUGAUCCAUUGGUUGCCAGAGAAAAGACACUUGCAAGACUUGAUAACGAAAGAAUCGAGCAGGAAGAAAAAAGCAACGAGACUGUUGAUGAAAUUGAACAUAAAAGUGAUAUGAAAAAAGAGAUUUUAGAAUCAGGAACAGUAUCGGCACCACAUUCAGUAUCUUCAUUAGCUGCUAAUCAAGAACCUGUACCGAUACCACCUCCAAACAAUAAACGGAAACAACUGAAUUCAGAUAAAGGUGAAAAAAAGAGGAAAACAGAUGAUAAGGGAAACGGUAGAAAGUCACCUCCUACAGUACCUACUACACCUACGCAAACUGCGAUAGCAACGUCCGGAGCCAUUAACAAUACCUCUUCGCUGGUGACUGCAGAACACAAAGUCAAGUUUGACGAGGAAGCUCCAAACAAGAACAACGAGCUUUUGGAAGAUGGUGUUACAGCCGAAACAUACCAGUCUGUUUAUUACAAGUUGAAGGAGAAUGAUUUUAAACGUAACUCUGUUAAAUCAUUCAUUGUAGAUGCUGGUGUUGAGUUUGUCAACAGUUUAACGGAGUUACCAAAAUUAGAGCAACAACAACUUCAACAACAUCAGAAACGUGUCUCAACUUUUAGGGGUGUUCAAAUUAUGUCUCCAGGUCAAUUUAAAGCAAUAAAAUUAAGUAGAAUUGUGCUUCCCAAGUAUCAAAAGUAUCUUCAGGACCAUAAUAAGUUGGGCGGUAAAAAGAAGAAUUUCAACAAGACAAAAGUGGAAGUAAAGCCAUAUACUGAUAACUCAAAGCACAAAUUUAAUGGGAUCUCGAAACUAUCUUUGUUUAUUACAACUACUGAUGGCGCGUUAGUCAUACCAGAAAAUACUCCAAUCAUUGAAUAUCUUGGAGAAAUUGAUUUCUUUAAAGAUUACUGCAAUGAUAGUAUUAACCAAUAUUCUUUAUGGGGAACAACAAAACCAAAGGUUUUGAAAGCAAGUAUUCCGGGCAAGGAAAAGUCUAUUGAUAUUGUGUUGGACUCGAGGUUUGUUGGAAAUGAGAGUAGGUUUAUUAGAAAGUCGUGUUUGUCUUCAGCCAACUGCAAAAUCCAAACUAUUUACAUUCCCGAGCUAAAGAAGUUCAAGUUUUUGGUAGUUACAUCUCGACCAAUUACAUUGAAAGCUGAGAAUGCCGACGAGGAGUUGAGAUUGCCUUGGGAUUGGGAUUCACAACACCCAAUUUUGAAGUUGUAUGAGAACAAUAGCCUGGAGAAGUUUGAAAAUUUGACAAACGAAGAGAAAUCAGCAUUGAUUACAUAUGUCGAUAAUUAUCUCCAUUUCGUUGAAUGUGGCUGCUCAACCCAUUCUAAUUAUAAUAAUUGUGCAAUCUUCAAGAUUAAGAAGGCAACAAGCUACUUGAUGAGAUCAACAAGGAAAGCCUCAAGCAUAAGUAAUAUAAACUUGGGCAAAUCCAAGGAUGAAUUGGUGUUGCCCCGGCCAGACAAAAAAUAUGUUAGUUGGGAUGAGCGGAUGGCUGAAAGAGAUCAACAAUUGCAAAAGGAGUUACUUGAGCAAAAAUCAGUUAGCAAAGAGUCUGAAAAUGAGAGUGAUGCAAAUAUUGUUUUGGCUGAGCUGGAUGGAAAGGAUAAGAACACGGAGAAGGAAGCAGCUAGGGAGGAAGUUAUCAAAAAGCCCAUUUAUCCUUUUAAACGUCUUUACAAGCAAAAGAUGAUUUUAAAGGCUAAAAAGGAAGCUUUACUCAAUUCCAAAAAUGUCAUUAUUGCAAAAGAUAUUGAUGAUAUUGAAAUGAAGGAUGUAGAGAAAGUCAAAGAACAAACAGAGGAUGGAAAAGAUGAAGUAAAAGAAUAUAAAAAAGAGGAAGAAGAAGAAGAAGCAGGAGCAGGAGAAAAAGAAGAUGUUUCUGGUUUCAUUCCAAUCCCUAUCGUUCCACAAUUACUUUCCAAAAUUGAGGCGGAGUUGGAAAUCACAUUACUGAUACUGAGAAAACCUCUGGCGCCGGUUGUUAGUACAGAUAUUGGGAUUGACAAGAUCGGGGUCGACAAAUUACCAGGUUUGCCUCAUGAAUUCAAUGCGAAAGCGAAUCGUACUUCCAUCAGCAGGCAAGGCUCAUCCACCAAAUUGGGGGAUGAUAAUGUAGUAAGCACAACCACAAGAUCAGAAAUUACUGCCUCAGUUGCUCCUACAUCUACGGCAGCUUUUGGUGCUUCUUCUGCCGCUGUUCCAACUAGUAUCUCAACCAAUACUAAUCCUACUACCAUUGCUUCUACUCCAUCAUCUUCGUCUGUUGUUAGUGCCACAAGUUCGGUUUUACCUCAAGAUAAACCAAAGCCUGUAAAAAAGCUAUCAUUUGCUGAUUACAAAAAGAAAAUGAAGUAG